AUGGCGGCGACCUCUGCGGCGUCGUCGGAGGCUCCAAUGUCAUCGCUGCAGGUCGCCGCAUCUUCCAACUUCAGUGCCGUCGCACCCGCGAGCGCGCUGUCGCCAGCGGCUCCAGCGGCCAGUCCCGCGGAAGCGCACGCAGCCGGCAGCAGCGCAUCUGCGUCCGCGGAGGAGCCGCCUGCGGUGCCAGCGGGGGUCAGCGAGAUCGUGAGGCCAGCGGAUGGCCCAAAGGCCACGCCAAGGAACAUAUUGGCGAUGGGUGGUGCUGCACACGCGCGGGCGUCCGCGCCCCCAGCCGAGGUCCCAGAGGCCCCAUCGGACGGCGCAUCCGGACGGCACGGCAGUGCUUCCACGCCAGCCGGCGGGCCUACUGGGGCAGAUCACGGGAGUCUCUGGGGACAGCUCAAGGAGGCCCUACACUUUGCAGCGAGCACGCUCGGCGAGCACUUCUCGGAGGAAAAUGACACCACGAAUGACAUUCUAGUCGGUGGCGACCUAAGCGAACUGUAUUCAGAGUAUGUGCGAGCUGGGUUUAUCACGAUGGGAGUUCAGGAUGCGAACGGGAGCGUGCCUACAUAUGCCUUGUCGGCGGAGUCCACGUGGCACAAGUCCAUCGCCGUGCUGUGCGCCAUAUCGGUUCCUGUGAUGCUGUUAGUCGUGACCACCGGAUUGUAUUUGCACUUCAAGGGAGAUCCCUUACCAACGCCAAGUGCUCUGUAA